CUUUUGUAAACAAAGUUCUCAUACAGUUCUGGACAUCAGUGGAGUUAUCAAGUAUAUAGAUAAUAAUGGAUGGAGUUAUACCACAAACUUGUCAGAAACUGUGGGGAGGUCGAUUUGGCGAAGAUAUUGACCCUGACUUUCAUAAUUUUAAUGCAUCAAUUGAUAUCGAUAAGCGACUAUAUGCCGAAGAUAUACAGGGAAGCAUAGCUUACGCACGAAGUCUUUAUAAGGCGAAACUUAUCUCGCAGGAAGAAAUGCAAACUAUAAAUACAGCUUUGAAACAGGUGCAAGACGAAUGGGAAAAUAACAAGUUUACCAUAAAUCAUGAAGAUGAGGAUAUACAUAGUGCCAAUGAACGAAGACUUUCGGAAUUAAUUGGUGAUAUAGCAAAGAAACUACAUAUUGGAAGGAGUCGCAAUGAUCAGACUGUGACUGAUACCAAAUUAUGGCUUCGAAAGUCGAUUGAUAAACUUCUGUUUAGACUAAAGAACUUCAUCGAGAUUCUCAUAGCUCGAGCGGAUAAAGAUAUAGAUAUACUUAUGCCUGGAUAUACACAUAUGCAACGGGCACAACCUAUUAGAUGGAGUCAGUGGUUACUUAGCUAUGCCUGGUACGCGAAGCAAGAUUUGGAAAGAUUACUAGAGAUACGUAAACAUGUAAACAUCUUACCCCUUGGUAGUGGUGCGAUAGCAGGUAAUCCUUUCGCCAUUGAUCGUCAAUUUUUGGCUAUGGAACUUGGUUUCGACGAAAUUACCGAAAAUAGCAUGCAUACUGUUGGAGAUCGAGAUUUUGUCGCUGAAUUUCUAUUUUGGUCGUCAUUAUCAUCGAUGCAUCUAAGUCGCUUUUGCGAGGAUUUGAUCAUCUACAGUACCCAGGAAUUUAAUUUUAUCCAAUUUUCUGAUAAAUAUUCCACUGGUAGUAGUCUGAUGCCCCAGAAGCGUAAUCCGGAUUGCAUGGAAUUAAUACGUGGAAAAACUGGCACUAUAUUCGGAAAGUGCAUUGGCUUUAUGGUAACACUGAAAGGAAUUCCAUCAACAUACAACAAAGAUCUUCAGGAAGACAAAGAAUCGCUAUUUUAUACAUACGAUACGUUAUAUCAGAUGUUCCAUAUCGCCGAAAAAGCAUUGGCCACACUGAAAGUAAACAGCAAGAAUUGUAAAAAGGCUUUAACAUCCGACAUGCUUGCAACUGACAUGGCAUAUUAUCUUGUUAAAAAAGGCAUAUCGUUUAGAGAAAGUCAUCAUCUGGCUGGGAAAGCUGUCGCUCUGGCUGAAUCAAAAGGAAUACCAUUGUUAGAGCUAUCUGUGCAACAAUUGAAAACGAUAAGCGAGGCGUUCGAAGAAAAUAUAUCGUGCAUUUGGGACUUCAAUUCCAGCGUAGAUCAAUAUAAAAUUGCUGGUGGAACUAGUUUCGAAGCAGUACAGCAACAGAUUAAUAGCUUGCGAUGUUGGCUGCGCAAAGAAAAUGUCAAGCAAUUGUUCGAAUGCUUCUGCGAGAUAGCUGCACCAGUAGCAGAGAAGCCAGCUUGGAUACUUCAAAAAUAUCCUACUACCUUUUCAGAUGAAGAGAUACUUAAAUCUGUCCCCAAAUUUACAUAUCCUUGUGAAUUUGAAAAUUUGUUGGUGCAACAUUUUUCAUUUGUUCUCACUAGUAUAGAUUCAAAAUGGACUUUCGGCUUUUGCCGUCACGAUCCCAAAACAGAAACAGCUUUAGUGAUUUUGAGUGCACUUCCAUGGCAUGAAACAUUUUACAAGUUAUUGAAUCAUAUUGCAUCUUUGACCAGCAAUGCCAGUGGGGAGGAUUUAUGGAAGUUUCUUGAAAAUAUAUAUACCUGUGGAGUCCCAAUCCCAGGAAAUUCAAUAUCUAUCUCUUUACCAAAUUCUACAGCAAGUUUUAUUUGUCAAAGUCCAAAACAGUUUCAACUGCCUAGCAUUCCAGAAAACAGAAAUUUGACCGAAUAUUAUAGUGCUGUUGAUUCGUAUAAUAUGAUGAUAAUAUUUGCAUCUAUGUUAUACGAACGCCGUAUUAUUUUCAUUUCAAAACGUUUAUCAAGAUUAAGUGCUUGUGUACAAGCAUGCAAUGCUUUAAUUUAUCCAAUGAUUUGGCAACAUAUAUAUAUCCCCGUUCUGCCUUUGUCAUUAAUAGAUUAUUUAUUAGCGCCUAUGCCAUUUCUUAUUGGGGUGCCCACACCAACACUUCAGAAAGUACCCAAAAGUGAUUUAGGAGAAGUUGUUAUUUUAGAUGCUGAUAAUAAUACAAUUGAGUCACCGUUUCAAGAUCUGGAGUCUUUACCACAAGAUGUAGUGACAAAUUUGAAGAAAGCAUUACGUAAUAGAUCAACUCUUCUCGGAGAUGGCGUGUCAAGAGCAUUUUUACGCGCUUUAGUACAGUUAACUGCUGGUUAUAGAGAAGCAUUAACUUUACAACAGGGUGAACGUAUUACAUUCAAUCAAAAUGCCUUUGUUGAAAGUAGACCAUCCUCCAUGCAACCCUUUUUACGAAAAAUGUUGGAAUUACAAAUCUUUCAACAAUUUAUAGAAGAAAGAUUGAACAUGCUUAAUUCAGGACUUGGUUUCUCAGAUGAGUUUGAAAUGGAAGCCUGCAGUUAUUCGGCCAAAUCGAGUAGUAAAUUUAUGCAACAGUACAGAGAAUGGACUUAUACUAUGCGAAAGGAAAGCUCAGCAUUUUUCCGUAGUGUGAAAGACAAGGCCAAUCCAGCAGUAAAGUAUGCUGUUAAAUCAGUGAAAGAUAAAGGGAAAGAUAUGAAAACGGCGUAUAAAGGACUAAAAUGGAAAGGGCGACCUAAUAGAAGUGAAACAAAUAUGAGAUUUCAUCAACCACGAUCAGCUCCUAGCUCACCUACUUUAGAUAGAAGAUCUAUUGGAUUUACAUCUCCACCAAAAUCUCCAAACGGAGUAUCAGCAACAACUAGUUACAGAAAAGAAUUGCGUUUGCGGAAUACUAAUUUUGAUGCAAGUAAGAAGCAGUACUCAUCUUUAAACCCCAGUUCUCCCGAAGAAUCAGACUCUCCACCAGAGCGCAUAAACAUAGACCUUAUGCACGAACUUCAAGAUGUGAUAUUUCCAAAGAUACCAUCAGUGGAUAGGACGUUGAAACCAGUACGCAGUUUAGACAACUUGAGACCUGCAUGGAGUGGGCAUUUACGGCACAGUCCUUCACCUAAUACUAUCAUUACAAAUCCAUUCGAAGUUUCCUCGAAAAAGCCAAUUUUAACUUCUUCCCCUUAUCCUCUUCCAUUAGAUACUUCGUUUAAUCAAUCAAAAAUGUUUACUUCUAAUUUACUAACUUCAAAGACAAACAGAACUGUAAAAGAAGUGGAUAAAACAUCACUUUUAUCUAUGUCAUCUGCAUCAUAUAAUCAAAACACAGAACCAAAUCGAUUUUUACAUGAAUUAAAUAUACAUAAUGAUUUAAUAAAACCUGUUGUUGACUUAUCAUUAUGUGUUCAUGAAAAAAAGAAUCCCAAGACAGAAGACAAUUUUUCUUCAAACAAUAAAAAGUUAGAUUGUGAAGAUAUUUUUGCAAAUGCUAAUUCAAUACCAAAUACGAGGGAAUCUUUUGAUAGAUCUUACAAAACGUCAAACUUUCUUCAUGAAGUAAAUGAAGACGAUCCUUUUGAUACGAGUAAAGUAUUAAUGCCUAUCUAUUUGCAAACUGCACCACUUUUUAAAUCCAGAAUUCCCUCAAUGCCCGCUCCAUUUCAUCCAUUAUCACAUCCAUUCAAUACUACAUCCUGCUCUGCACAUGUUAAGGAUUCUCCUGAUGUCCCUGAUUUAAUACGCUUAGAUUCAACGAAUAGUAAUGACGAUUUUGAUCCACUUCUAUCUAAGGUUUCCGAGCUUUCAAGCACAAAACAGAUGAGUCAAUCGUUACAUUUACCCGAAAUGAAUGAAGGUCUUAGUAACCCUUUAUAUCCUUAUUUUUUUCAACAAUCAUCGCAUAAAAACAAUGACAAGCCAAAGGCCUCCGAUAAUGUAGGUGAUAUGGAUUUAUUACAAGCAUAUGGUAUAGAUUUUAGUAAAUUUAACUUAACCAAUAGUGAUAAUCCAUCUAUAAAGAAUACAGCUGUGUGUAAUCGAAGUGUACCAGACAACAAUAUUAAUAAUGUUGAUACGACGGACACAUUCAGUUUAACACUAAACGCAUCUGCUAUUAAAUCACCAAAUAAUUGGACAAAGUUUGAGUAAAUAUUAGUGCAAUUAAUUUCACAUAUAUAUGCAUAUAUAUCAUAAUUGUAAAUAUGUCAUUAGUACUGUUUUUGUUAUGCAUUAAAAUAUCUCUACCAUCAA